UGAUCGAUUUACACAAGCACCAAAACAACAAACAUCGAUAUAUACACAUAAUUAAAUGGCUAAGUUUUUAUUCAUUGUAAUUUCUUGCUUUUUUUUCCUAGCAUUCCAAAAAGGAAACCAAGCACUUACCGUAACGUACACAGUAACAAAUAGGGAUCCAAAUUCAUCUGGAGGCAUUCGAUUCACAAACGAAGUUGGCAUAAAUUACACCAAACAGACCCUGGCCAAUUCCACUAAUUUCAUUUGGGCAAUUUUUCAACAAACAGCUGAUGCUGAUAAGAAACAAUACACAGCUCUCAAUGCUUUUGUUGAGAAUACUACUAAUGGAUACAUUGCUUAUACAGUCGGCAAUGAAAUUCAUUUAGGCACAAGUUACAUUCAGUCUUAUUCCGGGAACAUUAAAACAGAGCUCACUGGAAUCCUAUUUCAUGAGGCAACUCAUGUUUGGCAGUGGUUUGGUAAUUCCUCCACUCCAGGGGGAUUAAUAGAAGGGAUUGCGGAUUAUGUGAGACUAAAGGCGGGUUAUGUGGUUAGUAACUGGGCGAAGAACGGUCAAGGUACGCGAUGGGACGAAGGUUAUUCAGUCACAGCACGUUUUCUGGAUUAUUGUAAUGGUUUGAGAAAUGGAUUUGUGGCAGAAUUGAAUAAGAAAAUGAGGAGUGGUUAUAGUAACAAUUUUUUUGUUGAAUUGCUUGGCAAGACACCAGAUCAGCUUUUUGUUGAUUACAAGGCCAAGUAUAAUAAUACUGCUUAAGCCUUUUAUGUAUUACAUGAUCGUAUAUAUAUUUUAAUGAACAAAAUAAGGUGAUCAGUUUUGGAUUACCUAGACAUUUAUGUUAUAUUAGUGUUGUCUUCAGUAUA